GUUUGGGGGUCUCCCCAUGCAGCCUGCAGGGCUUGGGAGAGGCGGGAGCAUCCCCCCGCAUCCUCUCUGACCCCCUGCCCGGCUCCGGGGGCUGCUGGAGGCCGCGAGCCUUGGCGUGCAGGCGAAGCGAUCUGCGGGCCAUUCCCAGCCCCUUGAGCCCCGCUCUCCAAGGUGGUCCCGGUGCUUGUUCCCUGCUAUGUGCAUGCGCCUGGGGGGCCCGCUGAGCAUCUGUGCCCUUCCCUUGCAGAGCAGGCCAGCCCCCCGCUCCUCGGCCCCCAGCUCAGCCCGUCCUGGCAGGGACCCCGGGAGGGAUGGGAGCGCAGCCCGGCAGAUCCUGACGCCUGCCCCCCUCCCCGGCCGGCCGCGGGACCAUGGAGGAGUGGAAGGCCAACCCCGCCGCCAAGCCCUUCGCCCCGCGGAAGAAGCGGAGCUGGUACCUGGCGUGGAAGUACAAGCUGAUGAACCAGCGCGUGGUGCGGCGGCUGUGCCAGACCGGAGCCGUCCUCUUCCUGCUGGUGACCGUGAUUGUGAACAUCAAGCUGAUCUUGGACACCCGGAGAGCUGCCAGCGAGGAAGAGGAGGAGUCGGCCCAGGACUAUGACGAAGGCAUGCAGCACCUGGAGACGCCGCGGCGGCCUGCCAGCAGCCGGAAGGUCCUGGACAUCGAGGUCUACUCCAGCCGGUCCAAGGUCUACGUGGCUGUGGAUGGGACGACGGUCCUGGAGGACGAGGCGCGGGAGCAGGGGCGCGGGAUCCACGUCAUCGUGCUGAACCAGGCCACGGGUCAUGUCAUGGCCAAGAGGGUCUUCGACACCUACUCGCCACACGAGGACGAAGCCAUGGUCCUCUUCCUCAACAUGGUGGCCCGGGGCCGUGUCCUGAUCUUCACCAUUAAGGACGAAGGCUCCUUCCACCUCAAGGACACGGCCAAGAGCCUCCUGAAGAGCCUGGGCAGCCAGGUGGCCGCGUCCCUCGGCUGGAGGGACAUGUGGACGUUUGUGGGGAAGAAGGGAGGCGAGGUGUAUGGCGAGAAGCACUCCAAGUCCCCGGCGCUUUCCACCUGGGGCGACCCCGUCCUGCUGAAGACCGAAGUGCAGCUGACCUCCGUGGAAGAGGCUGAGUGCCACUGGCCCGACACGGAGCUGAACCGGCGCCGGAGGAGAUUCUGCAGCAAGGUGGAGGGCUACGGCAGCGUGUGCAGCUGCAAGGACCCCACGCCCAUCGAGUUCAACCCCGACCCCCUCAAGGACAACAAAGUCUAUAACGUGCCUGUCGCCGUCAUUGCGGGGAACAGACCCAACUACCUGUACAGGAUGCUGCGGUCCCUGCUCUCGGCUCAAGGGGUGAAUCCCCAGAUGAUCACGGUCUUCAUUGACGGGUAUUACGAGGAGCCGAUGGACGUGGUGGAGCUGUUUGGCCUGAAAGGGAUCCAGCACACUCCCAUUAGCAUCAAGAAUGCCCGAGUCUCCCAGCACUACAAGGCCAGCCUGACCGCCACCUUCAACCUGCACCCGGAUGCCAGGUUUGCCGUGGUGCUGGAGGAAGACCUGGACAUCUCCAUCGACUUCUUCAGUUUCCUGAGCCAGUCGAUCCACCUGCUGGAGGAAGACGACAGCCUGUACUGCAUCUCGGCCUGGAACGACCAGGGUUACGAGCACACGGCCGAGGACCCCUCGCUGCUGUACCGCGUGGAGACCAUGCCCGGGCUGGGCUGGGUGCUGCAGAAGAGCCUCUACAAGGAUGAGCUAGAGCCCAAGUGGCCCACCCCGGAGAAGCUCUGGGACUGGGACAUGUGGAUGCGGAUGCCCGAGCAGCGCAAGGGGCGGGAGUGCAUCAUCCCCGACGUGUCGCGCUCCUACCACUUCGGCAUCGUGGGGCUCAACAUGAACGGCUAUUUCCACGAGGCCUAUUUCAAAAAGCACAAGUUCAACACGGUCCCCAACGUCCAGCUGAAGAACGUGGAGAGCCUGAAGAAGGACGCCUACGAGAUCGAAAUCCACCGGCUGCUCAGCGAGGCCGAGGUCCUGGACCACAGCAAGAACCCGUGCGAGGACUCCUUCCUGCCCGACACCGAGGGCAAGACCUACGUCAUGUACAUCAGGAUGGAGCAGGAGGCCGACUUCACCACCUGGACGCAGCUGGCCAAGUGCCUCCACAUCUGGGACCUAGACGUCCGGGGGAACCACAAAGGCCUGUGGCGGCUCUUCCGCAAGAAGAACCACAUGCUGGUGGUGGGCGUCCCGGCCUCCCCGUACUCGGCAAAGAAGCCCCCCGCAGUGACCCCCAUCUACAUGGAGCCCCCCGCCAAGGACGAGGCCGCUGGACCGGCGAUGGCCGUCGAGCAGACGUGAGGCUGGCGCCGGUGGAGUCGCCACGUCGCCACCGCCCAGGCAGAGGAGGAGGAGCGGGGCCUGGGCAGCGGGGCCAUGGGAUGCUGGGCAUGGCAGCCGCCCGGCGUGGUACGACAGGGGAGGAAAUCGGCUAUGCCCUGACGCGGGAGGACUGGGAGCCGGACCCCCUCCCCGGUUUGGGGUCUGUGAGAUUUUACACCACCCCCGCCGUGCAAGUCCCUGGCUGUUUUAACACUGACUCCAUACUAACUCUUCCUUGCAUCCCCAGGGAUGGGGAAAGGCAGGAGCGUUCUCCAUGCACUGGCUCCUGCUUCGCCCCACAGCCGGUCUGGCCCCCUGUGAAGCACCGACUGCUUUGGGUUGGGUUUUAUUUAUUUGACUCUGGUGCAGCCGGCUCUCGGCGGGCACGUGCCCCUCCGGCGGCUUCUCCGAGCGGGGCUGCGGGAUGGCUCUUCCUAGACGCGAAACAUCCCCCUCCGUAGUGGGCAGGAGGGGACACGGUACACCCUGCAUGUGGAAGGACUUUGGGGGCAGGAGCCUCGUGGCGUCGGGUUUGUGCUUGCUCCGUCUCCUCCGACGGAUCCCUGCCCUGCCUGGCUCGCCGCCCGGUUUUGCCCCCCACGCUAGCGUGGUCCUGGACUCGAGCGGGGGGUGCCGGCGUCGGUGACUCUGCAAGGUUGCAUGUGCGCUGGGCUUCGCCCGGCCUGGGUAACCGGGGACCCCGGUGCUUGCCCCGCUAGGAUGCUCGAGGGGAAGAGCACAGCCCGCCAGCAAGAGGAUGAAGUGCCUUGCCGAGCGAGGGUGGAGAUCGGCCUCCCCUUCGCCCCGGCCGGUGGGUGGAAAGCACUGGGGGCUGGGGCCCAUCCCUCGCAGCCUCUGCAGGGGCACGUGCUGGUGGGAUGGCUUCGAGCCCCUGUGCUACCCUGGGUGCGAGGGAGCUGCCGUCUCGUGUCCUCCGGAUGGGGGCAGCUUGGUACGCGAAGGGCAGGAAUUCAGGGACCUGGAGGAUGUGGGGUCCCCUCCCCACUGCCGGUGCCUUAGCGGGGUCGGGCAUGGUGCUGACCAUGCCUUCCUUCUCCAUCCCCCGCCUGCAGCCCGUGGCCCGUGGCUUUCUGGCCCUGUCCUUGCAGUGGUCAAUGCAUAUUUUCCCCUUUGGCCAAUCAGCUCCUCAGGAAGGGUUUCCCGCGCUGCUGGCACACCAAUGAGGCUGUGGGCCGUGGCUCUCGCCCGGGUUUGUGGGUGGAGCUGGGGGAGGUCCCGCCUCUUUAAUGGGCUCACGCCCCUUUUCUACAUCCAAGACCUGCAUCUCCGCGGCCUGCAAACCAGCCGCGGGCUGCGGGGCUCGCGGGGUCCCUGUGCCACGGGCGCUUCCACUAAGCAUCUCUGCUCCCUGGCUGCGCCCCAGCCCCAGGGCUGGCAAACUCGUCCCGGGGACAUAGUGGUGGCCCUGGGUCCCUGUCAGGCCGGCAGAGCCCCAAGGGGGUAGCGUUUGGGUGGCCGGGUUGAAGCGCCGAUUCCAGCCCUGGCACGCUGAGGCAGUCCAGCUUUGCAUUGGGCAGGGAGGUCAAGGGUUAAAUGCGUGGGACCCCCUUCUUCCAGGACUGGGGUGCACACGUGAGCUGCUUGCGGUGUGGGACCCCUGACCCCAGCCUCCUUCCCUGCUGCUGCACGGGCCAGGGACGUGGGCACGGUCCCUUGGCUGGGUCACGGGUGCUCUCGGCGUUUUGAGGGGCGCUCCGUGGGCCUUGCUGCAAAUGAAGCUGGGGUGGGGGGGUUAUGCUGAGCCUGCGAGCCCAGACCCAGGCAGCACCCUGCAUCCGACACUACCUUAACUUAUUUAUUUAUUUGCGGGUUGGGAGCAGGAGGGUGCACCGGGAGCCACCCGGAGAGCUGCUGCUGGCCUGGGCACCGUGUUCCCGCUACCUGGGACCUGGCUCUGGGUCACCUUGUCCCGUCUGUUUACUCUGAGCUUUUGCUCGGGAAGUGGCCUUUGGCAAGGCGAUGGUGGCCCGCCGGGCACAUCGAACCCUCUUCCCCACCAGAAUUGCAGUCGAGCCUCAUUGCUUUUUGCUAGCAACUGGACCCCCGCUCCGGGUCUAGGAAUCCUCCAAAGCCAUGAGCUGAAAUAAAUGCAGAGGGCCUGGACCUGGUACUAAUUUUUUAUGCUCUUCUCCAUUGUGUUGUUCUUGGGGUGGAGGGAAAGGAUUAGCGACGGGUCCCUGCCAGUGUGAUGCCACGUGGCAGCACCGUAAGGACCACGACAUCUUCCAGAGGGAAGGAGGGAGAGAGCUGCUAGGAACAGCCCUGUAGCAAUGCUAGCAAGCUGCAAGGUCUUCUCAUGUUCUCAUCCUCCUCCUUUUCCCCUGUGAUCUUUGGGAAAACCCAUAAAAGCUCUUUUUUUUCCUUUAGGAGAGGGGGAGAUCAAGAUCUUCCCCCUCAAUCUUCACUUGGCAAUGCAAGUGGGGUUUCCCCUGGAGAGGCUGUUUUUGGCAGUCCAGAUACACUGGAAGGGACCUUUCGUCCAGCAAGGAAGGGGUAGGGAUGUUUAGGAGUCUUUUGUUCACUUAAAAUGUUUUGAGUUUGUAAAAUCCCAAGAGAUCUUGGCUUUUGUGCAAGAGGUAACAGGUCACCACCUGCCCCUCUGCCUUCAGGUCUAUAAGCCAUGCAGAAACCUUUGCACGCAUUCCUGUAAUGUGGUUGCAAUGGAGGGGCGAACCCACAAGCAGCUGGAUCCUGGUUUACCAUGGAGCUAUACGUCUUGUUUCUGAACCGCGAGCGCCCACCACGCACAUCCCUUGCCUCGUGUCUGCACCCAGUUUUCCCCACUGCCUUUUACAGGCAAAACUUCUUAAAUAAAGUUCUUCUUUUGUGUUUUCUUUUUUUCCCCAGUCCCCAUAAGGGGUUAUCCCCACGGUGCUGCUCCUGCUCCUCCGUGGGUUUAGACCCGUGGGGAGUCGGAUGUGGUGGCUGCUCUCCCGCCCUUACACCUUGGCUCUUCCAGGGGCAGGGUGUCGAGGGGGAUCCUCUAAUGCAACUUCCUUUUACAAGAUCCCCCUUCGAGCAACUGAAUGUCUCUGUAGCCGUUGCUGCACGUGGUGCCCCGCUGAACUGGACUGGUGGCCUUGUCCAUCUGUUGACCCCAAAGACGGCUGCCCUGGUCAUCCCCAUCGGGACCAGGUUUCACCCCAUAGUUCAGCUGGGUGGAAAUGUCCUUCCCCUCCUGCUAGAUCUGUUCUCCAGGUACCACUUCAGUGUUGUCCAUCCCUCUCUCCUCUUUCGGCCUCGCUGCUGUGCUGUAAGCAAAGAUGCGGUCCGAGAGGCUGCCCGGCCGUAGGGGCUGGGGCCUGCGUGCGCUCGAGCGGGGGGCACGGGCUGUGCGAGAAGCUGUUGCUUUCUGAAGCCAGUUAUUUUUUCAGAAUAAAUCUUGCAGACCUGUUGA